CUAUCAAAAAAACAGUUGUUGAGGAAUCACAAAAGUUGAGGAGAUCACUGAAUCGACACCACUCCUUCCUCGCAACUUCCUGCUUUCACCCAUCACAACCACCACCUGUUCCACCACUCACCAACUUUCACCACACCCACAUCCUCCCAGGUCAAUAGACGGCGAGUCCAUCCGGGAAAUUGUGUUGUAGUGAAAGAGGGCAAAUAUGGUAAAAUUGUUUGCCAUCAGCGUGAUUCGACGGCCCACGGAGGAUCCAGUGGGAGGACGAUGCGUCACGCUUAAAGCCUCUUUCGACCUCGCCUCCUUUGGCUUCUUUCAAAGAGCCAGCGUCCAAGAGUUCCUCUCCUUCUCGUCCACCACAAUUGUGGAACGGACGGGACUUGCGACGAGGCAGUCUGUCAAGGAACAAGAAUAUCUAUGCCACGUUUAUGUAAGAGGAGACGGCCUGGGUGCGGUUUUGGUUUCCGAUGCUGACUACCCACCCCGUGUCGCCCACACCCUCCUCACCAAAGUCUUGGACGACGUGUCCUCCAAAGUUGAGUGGAAAAUGGCCAACGCUGAGAGUUUGAAAAACUACAAAGAAAUUGAUAUAGUCCUCGCCAGAUAUCAAGAUCCAAAGCAGGCAGAUGCUUUAACGAAAAUCCAAGCAGAAUUAGAUGAAACAAAAAUCAUCAUGCAUAAUACAAUUGAAGCUGUCUUAGAACGUGGAGAAAAAUUGGAUGACUUGGUAGCAAAAUCUGAUAACCUAUCGGCACAGUCAAAAAUGUUUUACAAAACGGCCAAGAAGACCAAUUCUUGUUGCAACUUUUAGUUACUAUUCUUAUUUUAGAAGUAAUCCAAAAGAAAGUGGUGAUUUACGGCGGUGUUGAAAAAAACUCAGUCACGCAUGGAAGAUCAUUAUUCUUAUUAUUAUAUCCUGGAGAAUUGAAAAACCACAUACCAUGAUAAAAACAGUCACUAAAUCAUUCCGUACUAGUAAACAAUCGAGAAGCUAAAACGCUUUAUUACGAGUGAUCGAGUGCUCGGAUAUUUAUUCUCAUUGUACUGACUGACUGAACAGUGUAUUUUGAUAUUCUUACUCUAUACUCGCUAGAUUUAUAUAUAAUGUCAUGUUGCAUAAUAAUUUACCUCAUUUGCUACUAUUAUGUUAUACCUUAUGCAUUAUUUACCAUGUUUCUUGUGUGAUUUUUUUGAGUCUUGUAUCAACAAAUGUAGGCAUGUAGGAACACUAUAUAAUGAAAUGAAUCGACACAGUGAGUGUAAAUCGUAGUAGAAUUAAUUCAUAUUAUGACAAAAUGGCCAACAUAUACAUAUGUAUGUAACUAUUGAUCGGAAAGUUGUGAUUAUUUGUAAAAUCAAAAAAAAUAUUACAAUGCCGAUUUUGAAUGCAGAAUAACAACAUAAAAAUAAAUAUUUUGUUAACUAGCUA